GAGACACAGAGAGAGAAAGUGGAACAGGAAGAGACAGAACCGACACGACGGCCGAACACACACCGACACACACCGAGGGGAGACUUCUCCAGAGCUCAGUGGCCAUGUCUAAAGCCACGGUCAAGAAGCUCCACUGGCGCUCCAAGGUCCAGGAGAGCUUCGUUCCGCUGGGCGCCGGCGCCGGCUCCGGAGAGCUGGGUCUGGCCGUCGGAGGCGGAGCUGAUUAUGGAGAGUUUCCCUUUGUCACCGCCGCCCCUGGGGGCGGGGCCACGGUGGGUGACAUCAUCCUGGAGAUCGGGGGGACGCCAGUGUUGGGGAUGACGUUGGGCGAUGUCCGAGGAGUCCUGAACUCCUGUCCUCAUCCAAUCAGAAUCAAGACUGUGUUCCCAGGUUUGUCUCUGUGUAAAGACCUCAGGUUGUACCUCAGCAAGUGUUUCACUCCGGGUUCCAUGGACAGUCAGCUGCAGCAGCUCAUCAGGGAGAACUUGUACCUGCGCGCUGUGCCGUGUACGACCCGGCAGCCGCGGGACGGCGAGAUCUCAGGUGUGGACUACAACUUUGUGUCCAUCGAGGAGUUCUUCUCUCUGGAGGAGUCCGGAGCGCUUCUGGAGAGCGGCAAGUUCAAAGGGAACUACUACGGAACGCCCCGCCCCGUCCACAUUGGACCAGAGAGCCCUCCAAUCACGUACCAGGAACAUCGCAACCUGCUGAGGAACUUCCGGACCCGGAGCAAGUCUCUGAGCAACCUGGAGAAAGCCGUGGAGGAAGGAGACAACAGCGAGGAUGAUGGCGCGCCGUCAAGCUCGGCCCCGCCCACGGCGCUGCCGCUCAGCCAAUCGUGGGACUCGACAGUCGGGAGUCGGGAGGAAAUAGAGAAUGGAGCCGGAGGAAGAGGAAGAGGAAGAGGAGGAGCUCCACUUCCUGAGAACUGGGAGCUGGCCUACAGCGACUCAGGAGAGCCAUACUACAUCAAUCACAUCUCAAAGACGACCAGUUGGGUGGAUCCUCGAACGCAGAGCAAAGAGUCGACGUCCGCCACAGAACUUCCAGAGUUCACGGACCAGCCGAGCCUUCUGAGAGGUUACUCCAUCCACACCCGGCUCUCCAAAGGUCCUCGAGGUUUCGGCUUCAACAUCGUCGGAGGAAGUCGCCCUCAGGAGUUUCUGCAGGUGUACAGUGUCACACCUGGAGGACCGCCCACUCUCAGUACAGCGGACAUCUUGGUCUACAUCAAUGACUGCUGUGUGCUGGGCCGCUCCCACAAGGAGGUGGUGGAGAUGCUGAAGGCGGUGCCGAUGGGUCAGAGCGUGGAUGUGGUUCUGAGGAGAGGAUACCCCAUGCUCUACAACCCGGACGGCUGUCCCAAACAGAACCUGGAGCCUCAGACUCCCAGCGAUUCCUCCAGCCAGAGCAGAGGCCUGACGCAGCUCACCUUCAGCCGGACGCUGGACGCCAACGGCAGCACGGCAGGUCCAGCACGAACCCCGCCCUCUUAUGCCACUCAGCCAAUGACAAAUGGCCUGGCUGGACCUCCGACCCCCACGUCCUCGGAGGCAUCGCAGGUCCCCCCUCCCUCCGCAGACAGGACUCCACCCAGUCACAGCGACUCUGAUGGCGGUCAAUCAAACAGUGGAACUCGAAGGUCUUCUUUGAUUCGCUACAACAGCAGCACGCUCCCCGCCCUCUCCUCUUCCUCACUCCUCCUGCACCAGAGCUCCAAGUCUUCAGAGAGCGACCUGUCCACAUCCACUCUCCCCAACGUCUCCUCGUCCUCCCACGUGUUGUCCAAGCUGCCCCUCACCCAGAUUGAUUUGGGUCUUCUCCAGGACUUCAGCGCUAGCAGCAGCGACCCCGCCUCCUCCUCCGCUCCUCCUUCUGCUCCCGCUCAGCGCCAACAGAAGUCUCAGACUUCCCUCGCUGCGCCGCCGCCCAGAGACGUUCCCCCUUGCGGCUUCAACGGCUGUCCGGCGAACCACGCGCUGACCCCGUCGUCCUCCAGGGGGCCUGCGGGUCUGGUGCUGCCUCUGGGGUCGGAGGGGUCACCGCUUCGAGGAGAACUGGUCCCGGUGGCUCUGGGUCACAGCGAGAUCGGUGGCCUGGGGUUCAGGGUGACGGCGGGAGGUCAGGGAGGCCAACAGGCGGUGGUGAGGCGGGUUUGGGACCGGAGGCAGUGUCCCUCGCUGCAGGCCGGAGACGUGGUGAUGAAGAUCAACGGAGCCGACGUGCAGAGCCUCAGCUUCACUCAGGUGCAGAGAGUCCUGCAGGAACACACCAAGCAGGGGGAGGUGGUGCUGCUUGUGCAGCGAGGAGGAGGUCCCAUCUCCUCUCCUCUCGUGACCCCUAACCUCUACAAGCCUCUCUCCUCCCCUCACGUCCUGACCACGCCCUCCUCUCCCCCCUCCGCUGACCUGCCGUCCACUGAUGCCCCGCUGGGUGGAGUGCCUCCUCUCAGCCAGGCCGGUUUGGGCCUGGAGACGCCUGCAGGGACCCACCAAGGUUCUCCUGCUCAGACCGCCAUCGGCCCGCCUGUCUCCUCCCUCAUCCAGAGCACCAGCUUCCUGGACUCGGUUCCCGUGACGUUGACCUUGGAGCCCCGUGACCUGCAGGGCGUGGAGGACGGCGGCGGUCCUGUCCGGGGCGGAGGAGCCAAAGAUGGAAGAGUCGGAGCCAAGAUGGUGGAAGUGGAGCUGAGGAGGCGGCCGGGCGAAGGCUUCGGGUUCGUCAUCGCCUCCCAGGAAGUGAGCGGAGCGUCCUCCCUGAUGUCACACCGCUUCGUCACGGUGCGGCGCGGCAGCCCGGCGGCGCGCAGCGGCCAGAUCCGACCCGGAGACCGGCUGGAGGCGGUGGAGGGAAGACCGGUCGCCGCGCUGCAGCACCGGGACCUGGCCCAGAUCCUGAGGAGGGCCGGGAACACGCUGAGGCUGAGCGUGGCCCCGAAGUCGUCCUCCGACGGCACCGACUAUGACACGGACAGACGGCUGGUCAAAGGGCCCAGAGGGAGGUCAAAGGACGAGACCCGGUUCUACAGCGUGGAUCUGGAGCGAGGGCCCACCGGCUUCGGCUUCUCUCUGCGGGGCGGCAGCGAGUACAACAUGGGGCUGUACGUGCUGGGGCUGAUGGACGGGGGGCCGGCGCAGAGGAGCUCCAAGAUACAGGUGUCGGACCAGCUGGUGGAGAUCAACGGCGGCAGCACGGCGGGAAUGACCCACAGUCAGGCGGUGGAGCAGAUCCGCAGAGGAGGAAACCGGAUCCACCUGGUUCUGAAGAAAGGCAACGGAUACGUCCCAGAUUAUGGCCGUGAGGAAGGAGCCCCCACCUCCUCUUCCUCCUCACAGGAGCAGGAGUCCGUCACCAUGGCAACAGCUUCCCUUGGCAGGCGGAGGAGAGGAGGCGGUGGGGGGAGGAGGGCCGGAGUUGCAGGAGUUCCUGACCUGGACCUGGACCUGGUGGAGGAGGAGGCUGAGGAGGAGAGGAGGAAGAUGAGGCGGAGAAGGGAAGAAGAGGAGGAGAUGAAGAGUCAGGCGGUAAGAGAGGGGAGGAGGAGCAGGAGCUUCCCCCGUGACUCCCUGCUGCCAGAAGAGGCGCUGAGGGGGCGGAGCCACACCGUCAGCCACGCAAAGCAUCAUGGGAGCUCUGCUGCAGCUCCGCUGGCGGUGUUCUCCUUCCUCAGGCCUAUGAGCGAUGACGGGCCUCCGUCUGACAGCCAAUUGCCAGCCAGCUUCUUGGAGGUCAGCCAAUCAGCAGCCAGCAUGGUUCCUACGGAGCGAUCUGACUGGAGGAGGGAGCCGGGCAGUGGGCAGGAUCUCUCAUGACGGCUGACCCAGAUUCUGAUUGGCUGCAGUCGGAGUGGGCGGGACUUAGCAGACAGGCUUUCUCUCUGAUUGGUCAGCAGUGAUGUUUAUGCUUCAUAAGGGCUUCUGUGAUUGGCCGCUGAGAGAAGCCCCGCCUCCUGCUGACGGAGCCACACCUCAUUACCCAUCAUGCCUCAUUCUCAAUACUCUGACUACACGUCUCCGCCUUGUACUGUGGUUACCGUGGCAACUGGGCCUGCUGCAUGUUUGGUUGAAGUUCCUCCAGUCUGUAUGCAAAUGGCGGCGCCCCCUGGUGGCCGUAUGUCAGCAUGUGAAUACAACCGGAAUGAUUUUUUAUUUUUGUAACGUGUAAAUGAUCCUGACAUGAUUAUUGAUAUCUGAUAUAUUAUUGAUAUUAGAGAUGAAAAGAAUCUGCUUGCUUGUAAAGAGAAACUAAUGAUUUAACAGAGCCAUAACCACACACACACACACACACACUGAUGUCAGGUCCAGCUGUUCUCCAGCGUCACCAUAGCAACCGUAGCGACAGGAUGACGUGCAGCUCCGGAUCAGAACAAGUGCCUCGUUUGUUUCCUGUUGUCUGUCCGCCAUGCUCCUCCAUGAUGCCCACUGGCCACGCCCACUCACACACACACAGCUUUUCUAUCAAAUAAAGUCCAAGGAAACAUUC